AUGAUCUCGCUUUCGCUGGCGAAGCUGUCGACCGCGCAAGAUGCUUACCCUGACGAGCAAAACUUUCAAUGGAGGCAUGAAACUAACAACCUCAUUUGUGUCGUCGACUCUUAUCAGAUCGGUGGCUCGGCACUUCAGCUCCUGAAGAUUGUACAAGGCACACAGGUUCGAGAACACAUCGAGCUCGAGCGUUUGAUCGUUGAAGGACGAGAGCUCAUAAGGGGCAUGCAGGAACGUGGUAUCGAGCUGAAAGGUGAUCAGCUGCCUAUAUCCGCCAUCGUUCGGUGUCCGCUACUUGCCAUCCGGUGGCAACUGCCAAAUAAGCAGGUUCGCCGUCUGCAGAUCAGGUUUCAGACAAACGAAGACUUCGAUCAAGUGUAUAGCCACCUUCACCAAUUGGGCUUACGUAUGAGCCCGCCCCAAAGCCAAUCGAAAGAUCGAGGUUCAACUGCAGGUUCAGGAACCAGCGCAAGGCUAGCACCCUCACCAACACGACCUACAGCUCAAUCUACAGGGCCAUCUUGCCCUCCCUCAAGACUCACCGAGAUCACGAAUCGGCCUUACACUGCCGUGUCUGCUCCCACCGCAAUAGAGUCUCAGAUACAGGAAGCUGCCCAUACGCGACCCGCCUCUGCAUUCUCGAGUGCCAGUUUCGCACCUACAAACCCUCUUACACCUCCGAUGUACUUUCCCAGACCAGACUCUGCUUCGGUAUCGUCUUCAGACUAUCCCACCAGCUUUUCCCCACAGAAUCGACCAAUAGCAACCAUUGAACAGCAUGAUGUAUUUGCCUCACGCCCAGAGACAGCUCUUCUUUAUGACCGACCUGACACUGCGGAACUUCCGCCUCGAAGAGAGCUUCCAUUUCGGCGUGAUUCCUUGCCGACGUCUUCUGGAAACGACAGUAAUCGCCCUCAGAGCCGCCCAUCAACUGGUCUGAUGGGCCCUCCACCAAUGCCCAACCGUGUCAGUGAUCUGAGGCCAGGCUCUGCUCGGAAUGCAGCUUUCGACAGCGACCUACCUCCUCUUCGUCUACCAACAAUCGUACCUGAUAUCGCAAAGACGUCGCCUGUACAUCAACGACCGCUUACUCCAUUGCCGCCUGCAAGAAGUCCUCCGAAGCCAGCACAGACUACAACAACAUACGAAGAGCAGCAACCCCUUCCGUCGGCCUCAUCAUCACCUCAUGCAUACCCAACUCCCACUUCUACGUCUCCCGUUGCGGCACGACCACUCAGCGCUGCUAGCAGUGCCAGUCAGAACCAGCGCGAGCCCGCGUCACCGAGUGCAUUUACAAGUUCUCCCGCUCGCGGGAGCAAGGAUCGAAGCGACCGUGCUCAUGCUCCUGUUCGGUCAGACGACACCGAGAACGCCUUGAGAGCCUACGCGAUGCAAAGCGACGACAAACGCACAGCUGCCCUGAACAGCUUCAUCUUCAAAAGUCUUGACGAUAACAAUUUCGUGACGCUUGUGGAAGACAUGGAGAUGAACUGGGCCCGACUUGGUCUGGGCACAUGGUGA